UUAUCCGCAUCUUUGCCAGCUCACCCCAAGAUUUUUCUUUUUUGUCGAGAUGUACAUAGUAACAACUGAGAGGUGAAGUUACCUUACCUUUUCAGAUUGGUGACAUGCUGUGGGAAUUUGUUAGUGCUUCGAAUCAGUACAAGCGCCAGGGGCCGUCUUAUCGGAUCCCACACGCCGAAAACUCCGGGUCCAGAUCUGGUAAGACUCCGAUUAUGUGUUGAACAGUAAUCAAUCAACGUUAAUGUUAGGUGUUCCCUCCUUGGUGACGUUGAUCCGAAAAGGGAUAUCCAGUGGAUGGAAUUCAUGAUUAUCGUCGCUGUAUAGAUUUGUAAGUCUGAGGGAGCAUUUCUUAGCAACCUCAGUUUCAUUGACAUACAGCCAGCGGAUAUGCCAUUUGCUGCAUCUGUCUUCUAAACUUCGCUCCUUACUCUACCACGCUCCCUUGUCAACCAGUUCGCUUCAUCGCAUCACAUCCCCCGCCAUGAAGCUCUCAAUACUUCGAUUUCAUGCCAUCGUGGCAGCGACCAUGUUCGCAACAAUCGCUUUCGCCGAGCAUACCAGCAACUGGGCCGUUCUCGUCUGCACAUCACGAUUCUGGUUCAACUACCGCCAUCUCGCCAAUGUCCUCUCCAUGUACCGUACCGUUAAGCGUCUGGGUAUCCCUGACUCCCAGAUCAUCCUCAUGCUUCCCGACGACAUGGCCUGCAAUCCCCGGAACGCGUUCCCUGGAACCGUCUACAGCAAUUCUGAUCGCGCUGUUGAUCUCUACGGCGACAACAUCGAGGUGGACUACCGUGGCUACGAGGUUACUGUCGAGAACUUUAUUCGCCUGUUGACGGAUCGCGUGGGCGCGGAGAUGCCGCGAAGCAAGCGCCUUCUUACCGAUGAUCGAAGCAAUAUCCUGGUUUACAUGACUGGUCAUGGUGGAAACGAGUUCCUCAAGUUCCAGGAUGCUGAGGAGAUUGGCGCGUUUGAUCUUGCCAACGCUUUUGAGGAGAUGUGGGAGAAGAAGAGAUAUCACGAAAUCCUCUUCAUGAUCGAUACCUGCCAAGCGAACACUAUGUACAGCAGACUUUACUCCCCUAACAUCAUCGCCACCGGUUCCUCCAAGCUCGAUCAGUCCUCAUACUCACAUCACGCCGACAACGAUGUAGGCGUCGCCGUCAUCGAUCGAUACACGUACUACAAUCUUGAAUUCCUCGAGAACAACGUCAAGGACCUGAACAGCCAGAAGACAGUGGGCGAACUGUUCGACAGCUACGACUUCGGCAAGAUUCACUCACAUGCCGGAGUGCGCUACGAUCUCUUCCCCGGCGGUGAAGAAAAUGCCCGUAGCCGUCUGAUCACAGACUUUUUCGGCAAUAUCCAGAACGUCGAGGUUGACCGCAGCGGCAACCUGACUCUCGAGGAGGAUCUCCUGGCGCUCAGCAAGAAAAUUGCCCUUCUGCAGCAGAGGGAAGCAGAGGCAGCCAAGGAGUCUGUUGGGGAGAAGGUAUCUGCAAAGGCACCUGCCAGUGCUCCAACUGAGACAGCCAGGAAGAUCCAAAAAGCCAAGGCAUUGACGGAUGACAACUGGUGGACCAAGAAAGUCGUUGGUGCGACAGCGCUUGCAGGUUGUGGCCUUCUCUGGACUUUAGGGUCCUUCUUGGAGGGUUGAGGUCAAUAAUCACGAGUAUUGUUGUUAUUAUACAUUUAUGGCAUACCAAGAAUAUGGAGAACGGCGUACUUGACGGGAUUGAUGUAUUUUUUGUUACCGUGCUAGUAAUAAGUCAUGAGCAAUCUGCAGAUAUGGCCAGAGACAAACGGUCCUGCACAAAGUAUCUUGGCUUCAUGAGUUUUUGACAGCAUUUCAAAUAAAUGUCCGUGUCCUGGUAUUAUUGGUACACUAUAAUACUUCCUACCAGGUACUCGCAGUCUAAUUCGAGUACAUGUUGUUCAACACCUAGCAGCACA